AUGAGUUCUCAAAAAGGAAAUGUUUCGCGUUCGCGUUGUCAAAAACAUCAUAAUACAGUUGCUUUCAAAAAUGACAAGUACGGAGCUACAGUACAAGUCCAGAAGGCGAAGUCAAAGGUUCAUGACGGUCUUUGCCAGCAUUGUAAAGACGUGCUCGAAUGGAAAGUCAAAUACAACAAAUACAAAACUCUUACACAGCCUCGCAAAUGUGUUAAAUGUUCUCAGAAGAAUAUAAAGGAUGCUUAUUAUGUCGUCUGCAAACCCUGCUCCCUUCAGCUAGAGAUCUGCUGUAAAUGUGGCAAGAAAGAAGAAAUUGUAAUUCCCGUGAAUUCCCAUCUGGAUGUUAAAGAAGAGGAAGAAGGCGUAUGUCAGAAGAAAAAGAGAGGUUGUCAGAAGGAUGACGAGCUGAACAGUGAAGAAGAGGUUGAUGACUUUGAAGAUGGUGAACAUAGUGACGCUGAUAUAGACAAAAUCAAGGAUACAGCUGGUCUCGCUGCCAUCUCUAAAAUCCACAUAAAAGACUGA